CGCGCGCACGCCCGGCGUCGGGUCCUGCGAGCCAGGCGCGGAGACGGCGUGCGGGCCUUGCGGGCGCUGGGGGCCCGAAGCCAGGAUGCCGGAGGGGCCGUCUGUGAGGAAGUUUCACCAUCUGGUUUCCCCCUUUGUGGGGCAGCAGGUGGUCAAGACAGGGGGCAGCAGUAAGAAGCUAAGCCCUGCCGGCUUCCAGUCCCUGUGGCUGCAGGACACCCAGGUCCAUGGAAAGAAAUUAUUCCUUAGAUUUGAUCCAGAUGAAGAAAUUGUGUCCCCUGGCAACAACCUACUGUCAGAGUCUCUACAAAAAGGAGAGCAGAAGGAAGAGGCCAGACACCACCAGGAAGUCUAUGACCAGUCCUCUCGGUCCCUGGGAGGAGACGAUGUUUUCCCCAGUGGAGAUGAUGGUCCGCAGUGUUUGGAGGGAGACACCCCUGCAGGAGGUGCUGAGAGGUGGCUGCAGGUCAGCUUUGGUUUGUUUGGCAGCAUUUGGGUGAACGAGUUCUCCAGAGCGAAGAAAGCAAACAAGAGGGGUGAUUGGAGAGACCCCAUUCCAAGGCUGGUCCUGCACUUUGGCGGGGGCAGCUUCCUGGCCUUCUAUAACUGUCAGAUGACGUGGAGUUGCUCUUCCCCAGUGGUCAGACCCACCUCUGACAUCUUGUCAGAAAAGUUCCAUCGAGGACAGGCCCUGGAAGCUCUGGGCCGGGAGCAGCCCGUCUGUUAUACGCUGUUGGACCAGAGAUACUUCUCAGGCUUAGGGAAUAUCAUUAAGAACGAGGCCCUGUUCAGAGCUGGGAUCCACCCGCUUUCUCCCGGCUCACUCCUGGGUCUUCCGCGCCUCGAGGCCCUGGUGGACCACGUGGUGGCCUUCAGUGCAGGCUGGCUGCAGGGCAAGUUCCAGGGCAGACAGCAGCACACACAGAUCUAUCAGAAGGAGAAGUGCCCCGCCGGGCACCAGGUCAUGAAAGAGGCCCUUGGGCCUCCGGGGGGCCUCCAGAGGCUCACGUGGUGGUGCCCCCAGUGCCAGCCAAGGUUGUCACCAGAGGGGCCAGAACAGGUGCAGCCCUCCUAGGGUGCUCGGGCCCCUUCUGCACAGAGCCUUGCCCCUGAGGGACCGUGAUGCCUGAGUGUCACCAAAGGGGGUAUGGGGAGAGGUUGGGACUGGGGACAGGAAUUGGGGGGAGGUCACGGGACUCCAGUGCUGUUGAUGUUCAUCUCACCGGAGUUCAGGCUAAGGCAGUCUCCACAGGGUUUCAUUUUGUUCUUUUCUAGUUUUGGUUAAUUCCUCCUAUCUAAUGUCACCAUUGUGACAGAUGAGACAAAUCAUGAUGGCACUUAAGGGGAAACUUUCCAGAACGAUGGUGGAGCAAUGAAAAUGAGAACCAGUGGAAGACAGCUGUGCCAAGCGUUGCUUUGCAGCUAUUUGGUUUGGUUUUGGUUUUGAAACAUUGGCUCGUGUUAAGACCCUCCAUUUGAGAACCAGGAAAGGGGAAUUAUCCUUCCUGGUUCCCCAGGAGGGAUCCAGGGAUGAGGAGGGAGUAACAGGAGAGUAGUGCUCGGAUUUAUCCUCCUGCCUGGACCCUUCCCGUGGGACAGAGACACCAGGAGAAGGAGGGGAGAUGGGGGACCAGGGAGCUGGCCACCUUCCUGUUGUGUCCAGUGGGCUUUAGAAAAAAGCUACUUGUUUCCUCCUCAAGGUGAUGUAUUUGUGACUGUUGAUGUGCUCAACAGUGCAGGAAUCAAGGUUGUUAGCAAACCUAGAAGAAACCAGGACAUGAAAAUAAAGCUCUUUGUUACUUUG